GGCGGGGCUCGGAGGGACGGAUCUGGGCUCCGGGCGGGGCGGCCUGGGCGCCGCCGGGGGCGGUCCCUGAGGGGCGGGCGGGGUCCGGCCGGCGCUCUGUGUGGCCGCGGCCAUGAAGCCGCAGCCGCCGGGCUAGGCCCGGGGCGGCUCUAGCCCAGGGCGGCCCGCAGAGGGCUGGACCCGGUUCCUGGCUCCCGGCUCCGGUUUUCGGGCCGGAGGGCGGCCGCUCACCAUGCCCGGCAAACACCAGCACUUCCAGGAACCCGAGGUCGGCUGCUGUGGGAAAUACUUCCUGUUUGGCUUCAACAUCGUCUUCUGGGUGCUGGGAGCCCUGUUCCUGGCCAUUGGCCUUUGGGCCUGGGGGGAGAAGGGUGUGCUCUCCAACAUCUCGGCGCUGACGGAUCUGGGGGGCCUGGACCCUGUGUGGCUCUUUGUGGUGGUUGGAGGUGUCAUGUCGGUGUUGGGCUUUGCUGGAUGCAUCGGGGCCCUCCGGGAGAACACCUUCCUGCUAAAGUUUUUCUCCGUGUUCCUUGGCCUCAUCUUCUUCCUGGAACUGGCAACAGGGAUCCUGGCCUUUGUCUUCAAGGACUGGAUUCGAGACCAGCUCAACCUCUUCAUCAACAGCAACGUUAAGGCCUACCGGGAUGACAUUGACCUCCAGAACCUCAUUGACUUUGCUCAGGAAUACUGGUCUUGCUGUGGAGCCCGAGGGCCCAACGACUGGAACCUCAAUAUCUAUUUCAACUGCACUGACUUGAACCCGAGCCGGGAGCGCUGCGGAGUGCCCUUCUCCUGCUGCGUCAGAGACCCUGCGGAGGAUGUUCUCAACACCCAGUGUGGCUACGACGUCCGGCUCAAACUGGAGUUGGAGCAGCAGGGCUUCAUCCACACCAAAGGCUGCGUGGGCCAGUUUGAGAAGUGGCUGCAGGACAACCUGAUCAUCGUGGCUGGGGUCUUUGUGGGAAUCGCCCUCCUCCAGAUCUUUGGCAUCUGCCUGGCCCAGAACCUCGUGAGUGACAUCACGGCAGUGAAGGCCAACUGGAUCAAACGUGAUGAUGGCUACAAACUGCUCAAAUAAACAAAACUUUGAAAACCACUGGCUUACACCCACCAUCUCAGAGGUCCCAUCGGCGGUGUGGCCUCUGCGGAGCUCUCUGGCCGCGACCCCUGACCCUACCCACUCUGCCCACCUGUUUUCUUUGGCCUGGGUAACAUACAUUUGAGCCGACCUUUAAAAAUUGGUGUAUUUCACAUAGAGUCCAGAUUCCUGGCUUCUCGGAGAGAAUGACCAUCUGGCCACAUGUGUUCUUCAGGGGUAAUAUCCCCGGAACGUGCAUAUCCCCGUCCACUGGGGACCCU